UGUCUUAGAAAUCAAGCAAAAAUGAUGAUCCUUAAAAAGGAAACCUCUAAAAAGGAAAACAUCAAUAAUGAUAAUACGCGAAAAAAUUCAACUAUAGAACUGGCCGUUUUCGUCGACGAAGCAGCACAUUAUAUGUCUAUGUUUCUUGUAGAGCACAAUGACGAUAAGUUACACAAUAUGAUAUUAGACUAUGUGAAUCGUAUUCAAGCUGCCUUUAAUAAUUCGAGUUUGGCAGUUUCUAUCAAUAUUACGUUAAUAAAUUUGCUUAUUUUGAGAAAUCAGCCGUCAAAUUUACCAGUUUCUGACGGCAACGUUGUCGAACUGCUCUCUUCGUUCUGCACGUACGCAAAUUCUCUAAAUUCUCCGGAUGAUAUUGAUCCGAAUCACUGGGAUAUUGCUCUUUACUUAACCGGAGUAAAACUAUAUGAAAAUGUUAUGGUAAAAUUUGAAACGCAUUAUCGAGUAGAGAAGAAUUAUAAUAUUACGGGAAGAGCCUACCACGAUGACGCAUGCGAUCCGCUUUUCUCUUGCGCAAUAGUUGAAUUCCGUAAUUCAUACGAAAUCACAUCAUCUGUUGAUGCUGUUUAUAAGAUCGGCAAUCUUUUAGGAUUAACAGAAGAGCGAAAUUCUAGCGAUUUGGAAAGGAAUAUAACAUGGUCGGAAAAGAGUCGUAACAAAAUAAAAAAUCUCUGGGAAGAAAAAAUAUGUCUUAGAGAUCAAGCAAAAACGAUGAUCUCAAAAAAGAAAAAUGUCGAUAAUUCGCGAAAGAAAUUAUCCAUACAACUUGCCGUUUUCUUCGACAAAGCAGCGUAUCAUAUGUACAUGCCUAUUCUGGACAAUGAUGAGGAUAAGUUACGCAAUAUGAUAUUAGCAUACGUGAACCAAAUUCAAGCUUUGUUGCAUCAUUCAAGUCUUGGUGCUUCUAUUGAUAUUUCAUUAGUAAAGUUGGUAAUAAUGAAUAAACAGCUGUCAAAUUUGUCUGCUUUCGACGGUGACCAUAAAAAGAUGGGCAAAUCAUUCUGCAAUUACGUGAAUCUUUUGUAUCCUAUAUACGAGAUUGAUUCGCUUCAGUGGGACAUUGGCCUUUACCUGACCGGAAUAAAUCUAUAUGAGUCAGAAAAGGAACAAAAGCAUUAUAGUGUUGUAGGAAGUUCUUUUGUCAAUUACUCGUGUACCCAAAUUUUAUCGUGCGCCUUAGUAGAAAUCGGUUCCACCGGUCCUAACGCUGUCUCGGGUUUUGCGACGUCUCGCAUUGCUGCUCAUGAGAUCGGCCAUCUAUUAGGAAUGCAACACGAUAAUGGCUCUUUCGAUUCGACGUGUGCGAAUGGCAAAUACAUUAUGUCAGAAUGGUAUUUCAGUCGGGGCCAGAUAGCAUGGUCCGAGUGUAGUCGUAACAUUGCGAAAGAACUAUGGAAAACAAAAGAGUGCCUUUUUGAUCAUACGAGACGAGAAAACACCGAAAAUCCAAAUGCAUUGGACCAUUCGCGUUAUCACGAUUUGCCGGGAAGAGAAUGGACUGCCAAAGCACAAUGUCAAUUAUUUUUACGCGACAAAGAUGCAAACGUAGUCACGUUGCAUGAUAUAUGUCAAGUCUUACAAUGCGAAACGCCUCACAAGUAUGGGUACUUCUUCGCAGGACCAGCGCUGGAUGGAACUCAUUGCGCACUCGAGAAAGAAUGUCGCAGCGGAAAAUGCGUGCCCGUAAUCGAACCACCUCUCCCAUAUUGUGAAGAAGAUAACUGGAGUGAAUGGACGGAAGACUCCUGUAAAAGCGAUUGCUUGACAAAAUCGAAAGGCGUGGUAAUCAAACGACGUUCUUGCAGACAUGGCACUAACAAAACGGCUAGUUGUAAUGGGCCAUAUUACGACGUGGUUCUGUGCAAUGACUCCAGACUUUGCAGUAAUGAACGCCACACGAUUGCCGAAUAUACUGCUUCAAAAUGCACUGAACUUAGCCUAAAAAUAAAACGACAAGGCAAAAAAUAUUUCAAGUAUGAACCGCAAAAUGAGUCAGGUAAGCAGGCCUCCCAUGUCGUCGAGAAACCGUGGAGAGCCUGUACCAUACACUGCCUACGAGAAGAAAAAAUAUCUGCUAAAUACAGUCUAUUGCUUUUCUAUGCACCACGCCAGGACAUGCUCGACUUCAAUAUCGAUCCAUACUUUCCAGAUGGAACGUGGUGUCACGAGAAAAAUGGCCAGGAUUAUUAUUGCCGCCAGCAUUAUUGUCUGCCGGAAAACUACUCAAUUAAAGAAUAAUUACCGAUAGCUUUUCGACAUGUGUGGGCAAAAAUCUAAGAGGAAAUAAAAUUGCAAAACAAGCAUAAUUCAAUUUAGAACUGUUUAGUAUUUGUUCAGUAUAAAAUCUAAAAUCCGUAGAAUUAUCGUUGUUACUUUAUAUUUCAAUCAAUAAAUCCAUUUUUUGUUAGCAAAUGAUAAAUUUAGACGCGGAAAAAUACGUCGAACUGUUAACAUGAAAAAUUCCAUCCAAAAUCCAAAUAGCUGUUAGUAAUUGCAUAAAGAAAAAAAGUAAAUAUUUAUUAGUUGACAUAAAUUUGAAAAAAAUAUAAUGAUAAAUCAGUGUUUAAAAUUAAUUAAGCAUCUGAAUCGAUUUUCGUCAUUUGUACCUGCCUUCUUUUUUCGUCGCACGCGCCGUUACAGUUACAGCCAAUGCAUUAGAAGUAGUUAUUGAAUUAAUUAGUAUUCACUGAAUUAUUAGUAGUUAUUGAAUUAAUUAGUUCUUGAUCCAUAAAAAGAUCAACUACGUGAACUUCAAAUUUUG